AUGCCUCAACUCGAGAUUGAUGACACCCGCCAACACCUGCUUCAGGCGGGGCAGAAGGCCAAGACGCGCGCAGGCCGCUUCUGGAACGGCUUCUCGGACUUCGCGCUGCAAGACAACGUCCUCGAGGUAGCCGUCGGUUUGAUACUAGCAGCAGCCUUCACAGCAGUCGUCACAUCCUUCGUCUCGGAUGUGUUUCUUCCCAUUCUCUCGCUACUGCCGUUCAUCGAUCGCAACUUUGAUGAGAAAUUCGCGGUGCUGAGGGCUGGGCCGCAUUAUGGCAAGGGUGCAGGGCGGGGGUACAAUACGAUGAAAUUGGCCCUCGAAGAUGGAGCCGUGAUCAUGUCUUGGGGCACCUUCAUUAACAAAGUCUUCAACUUCAUCGGCAUCGGUAUUGCGCUGUACACAGUUGCACUUGUGUACGGAUGGGCGUCGAAUGACUCUGUCAUUAAGCAUACCGUUAAAUGCAAGUACUGCAGGAAGAGGAUUGGUGAGAAGGCACAACGCUGCGUAAACUGUACGAGCUGGCAGGACGGCAGGGAGCAGUGA